GACUGCUAAUGUGCAUCCAACCUAAGUACAAAAAAAAAGUUAAAAGAAACGCUUCUUCAUUUCAGUUCAAGUCAUCUAAAUGAUGGCAAUUAAGAUCUGUUUUGUUGCAAUUUUUCUCACUUGGAUUGCUAGCAUAUCACAGGUGGCAGUUGCUCAUGAGGUGAGUCAGGUGACGACCGAUAGGUUGCCUUCAAUUGAUAUCAGGUUGUCAUUUGGCAGAGCAAAAAUAUGUCAACUGAAGGAGGAAUACGUACGAGGCCGUUGCUGGCCAACACACAAUUGCAUCUGUUGUCAGCAAAAUUGUAAACGAUGGUGUGAAAAAAGAAAGAGAGUGCUAAAUCGUCUAAAGUGUAUAAAAAAAGGGAAUCCAGGACCGCGUGCCAGUCUCGUCUGUCAUUGCUGCUGCAAAAAAAGGUCAUCUUCACUGCCAGCCCUACCUCCAUCCUCACCCUCGCCUGAGUUGCCUACGACUUCAUCCCCACCACCAGCACCAUCCCCACUGCCACCUCCAUCUCCACCUCCACCUACACCUCCAUACCCAUCUGCAUCUCCACCACCACCACCAUCCUCACUGCCACCUCCAUAUCCAUCUGCAUCUCCACCACCACCCUCACCAUCUCCUGAGUUGCCUACGGCGUCAUCCCCACCACCACCACCAUCCUCGCUGCCACCUCCAUAUCCAUUUGCAUCUCCACCCGCACCUUCAUCUCCCUCUCAACCUCUAUCUCCAUCUCCAUCUGCAUCUCCACCCGCACCUACAUCUCCAUCCCAAUCUCCACCUGCACCUCCAUCACCAUCUCCAUCGCUAUCACCACUAGCUCCAUCUCCAUCUCCAUCUCCACAUUUAUCUCCACCUGCACCUCCAUCCCCCUCUCCAUCACUGUCACCACCAUCUCCAUCUGUAUCUCCACCUGCACCUUCAUCUCCCUCUGCCCCAUUAUCACCACCAGCUCCAUUUCCACCUGCACCUUCAUCUCCCUCUCAAUCACUAUCACCACCAGCUCCACCUCCAUCUCCAUCUGCAUCUCCACCUGCACCUCUAUCUCCAUCACAAUCUCCACCUGCACCUCUAUCUCCCUCUCUAUCACUGUCCCCACCAGCUCCAUCUCCAUCUCCAGUUGCAUCUCCACCAGCACCUUUGUCCCCAUCGGAAUCUCCACCUGCAGCGUCAUCUCCCUCUCCAUCACUAUCACCACCAGCUCCACCUCCAUCUCCACUUGCACCUACAUAUUCAUCUCCAUCUGCAUCUCCACCUGCACCUUUAUCUCCAUCAAAAUCUCCAGCUGCACUUACCUAUCCCUCUCCAUCACUGUCCCCACCAGCUCCAUCUCCAUCUCCACCAUCACCUCUGUCUCCAUCUGAAACUCCACCAGCACCUUCAUCUCCAUCUCCAUCACUAUCACCACCAGCUCCACCGCCAUCUUUAUCUCCACCUGCACCUUUAUCUCCUUCUCAAUCCCCAGCUGCACCUCCAUCUCCAUCACAAACUCCGCCUCCAUAUUCAUCUCCAUAACCAUACCAGCUCCAGCUCCACCUCUACUGCUCACCGUUACUCGCAGCUAGACGUAGCUAGCACAAUGGAUAAUAAGCAGUAUGUAUUUUUGUUUCUCCGUUAAGCAUGUAACUAUGGAAGUGUCCGUUAGAUUUCUGAUGUAGUUGUAUUACAUGUAACAUGCCAAUACAUUAGUAAACAGUU